AUGGCCAUGGUCAUUGCAGUGAGUCAAGCACAGGUGCGUUGUGAGCUUCGCUUUGAUUCCAUGUGGGAGUGCACCGCUUUUUGGUGCAAUGCAACUGAUACAGGUUUGCCAAGGAGCUCCAUGGCCCUGAUCACAAGGAGACGCAAAGCAGCCGCAGACAUCUGGAGCGCUUCCGACGGAAGCACGCCGCCGGCUGAGGCUGCGCUCCGCUGGGCGCUCGUGGCGAGGGACGGGCCCAAAGCGGCCAUGGGCAGUGGCGGCUCGGCGCGGCCAGCGCAGGCGGCGCAGCAUGGCAGCAACUUCACCGCUGUGGUCCCCAGCGAGGCAGCUGAACCGGCCGAUGCACACUCCCAGAAUGGCUCGGCGAUCGGAGGUGUGGCGCAACGAGGUGCUCAAAGCCGCUCAGGCAGAAGUGCUGGGUGGGUUUUGGAAAGCAUGUCUGAGUUGCGUGGGCAGGUGGAAGCAAUCUUCGAGGCGAUGGCACGUGGAGGUGGCGGCGAUGGCCUUUCGCUGGAACGGCAAAGCUACAUCGACAUUAUUCAAGAUAUUUGUGGCACAUUGCAGGAGGCCCAUGUCCUUCUGCAGGACUACCCAGAAGACUCACAGAUUCGCGUGAAAGACUUCUUGGAUAUCCUCUUCACCUCCGAGGUACACAAAGCCGAAAGCCGUGUGAGAGAAGGGAGGGAUGUGAAGGAGCCUUCAAGAUUUGAGGCGCAGAAUGAGGAGCCGAGCUCGUCCAGCAAUGGAAAGGAGGUUAAGGUGCGGAAGGAACAACUGAGCAGGCCAAAGGAAGCUCAAAAAGAGACCAAGGAGCAGCGGACCGAAGCCGAGACCGGCGCCUCCGAAGCCGAGGUGCCUAAAGUUUCCAAGGCCAGUCUGAAAGAUUAUUUUGAGAAAAACUACAAGCAAGGCCGUUUGUUCGAUCAUGAAGAGUACCGGCAUGACCCGAAAGACUGGUGCUGGCUCCACACCAGACUGGAUGUGAAGGUCUGGCAGGAUGCCCUUGACUUGACUCAAGCCGACGAUGCCAGCGAUGUGCAAUGUUUGUUCCACUACACCAACGAGCUUGGCUUUAAAAAUAUUACGGAUUUGAGGAAGACGGCAGUGGAACUCUUCGCUUCUCUGAUAACGACCGGUGAGAAGGCCAACGCUUGGUGGGGGGCAGGAGUUUACUCCGUACAGAAGCCCCCAGAUGAGUGGCCCAAUCUCGAAAGACUGCUAGAUAACAACUAUAGGAGGAUGCUCAAGCGCGACAUUGACUUGAAGGGUCGUGAGGCAGCUGUGAAGGAAUACAGAUCGCGGGUGUCCUUCUGCAUCCCCAUCCUCGUCAACGCAUCCAUGGCCUAUGAUGUGUCGAAGAGACGAACGCCUGAAAUGGUCAAGCAGGGAAAGCCCGUUGGUGUGAAUUUAGCUGGAAUGCCGCUCAACGAAGAUGGUAUGCCGCCUCGACAGUGUUUCGUCAUUCGAGUAGACACGGAGGAGGAGGUUGGCAAUGCCAGGGCAGUGCUGAUGGAAGCGGUCCGCUGCCGUGCCAAAGCUAUCGAAGAGAGACUGGGAUCAGAGCAUUUUGAAACCCUCAAGGCAUCAAGCCGGUUGGCCAACGCGCUGACGGCGCGCGGUGACUGUGCCAAGGCGGAGCCGCUGUGCCGGCGAGUCCUGGCGAAUUACGAAACGGCGACCCUCAGAGAGGUGCACAAACUGAUGGAGACGAUGUAUUACGCAGGGAACCUGGCGGAGGCUGAGACUUUGUGCAGAAGAGCUGUGAUCGGACGUGAACGUGUGCUGGGAGAGAUGCAUGCGGAGACCCUGGAGUCGGUGAACGAUCUCGGGUUAGUCUUGAGGCGGCAGGGGAAACUGAAAGAGGCUGAGCUGUUUUCCAGGAGAGGUUUGGAGGGACGGGAGAGGCUGCUCGGGCGUAUGCAUCCGGACACGUUGGGGUCUGUCAACAAUCUUGCGUUGGUGCUGAACUACCAGGGCAAGCGCGACGAGGCCGAAGGCCUUUACAGAAGGGCUUUGGCAGGCUUUGAAGCUCAACUGGGAGCUCAUCAUCCGGACACAUUGACGUCUGUCCACAAUCUUGCGGUGUUGCUGUAUCAGCAGGGCAAGCUCCAAGAUGCCGAAGGCCUUUACCGAAGGGCGCUGGCAGGAAAAGACGCUCAACUGGGAGCCGGUCAUCCGGACACCCUGAACUCCGUCUUCAGUCUCGCGCUCCUUUUGGAGGCGAAGGGCGGCCACGCCGAGGUGGAAGAGCUCCUUCUUAGAGCUUUGAAUGGUUACGAGGAGGUGCAUGGCCCUGAGCACCAAAUUACCCAAAUGGUCCGCAGUCACCUGGAGCGCUUCCGCAGAGAACAUUCCACCGGUUGA